AUAAAUUAGUGAUUCCGUGGCUGUUCCUGAUGUUUGAGUGUUUAGACCUCGGACUCAAUGGCUUGGAGAGCGUGUACCAGGUUUGUGAGCAGGACCCCGUCCACUGCUAGAGGCGCCGGAGUCAGGGGCACUAACCGGUGUUACUGGACCACUACUUCGAGGAGGAGCGCCGCUGCUCUGGCCAGUGGAAGAGCUGCUUUACUCCUGGGGCUCCCUGCCCUCUCCUGCCUGGGAUAUGAAGCUUAUAACCGGAUGCAGAGUUUAGCCGUGCUCCAUGCUAUAGGACAAGAGGAGGUUUUGGAGCAGGCUGACUACCUGUACAGCUGUGCAGAGACCGAGAAACUCUACCAACUGCUGCUGCAGUACAAGGACAGUGACGAUGCAGAGUUCCUGUGGAGGUUGGCCCGGGCAUCUCGGGACCUGUCCCUCCUGCCCAACAUGGAGGCCGAGCGGAAGAAGCAGCUGAUGUUCGAGGCCUUUGAAUACGCCAAGAGGGCACUGGAGAAAGAUGACAAGUGUUUUGCAGCACACAAGUGGUACGCUGUGUGUCUCAGCGACGUCGGGGAUUACGAGGGAGUCAAGGUGAAAAUAGGAAAUUCAUACAUCAUCAGGGAACAUCUAGAGAGAGCCGUCGAGCUGAAUCCCAAAGAUGCCACUUCCUUACACAUCCUGGGUUACUGGUGCUUUGCUUUUGCUGAGCUGCCGUGGUAUCAACGCAAGGUGGCGGCUGUAAUCUUUGCGUCACCACCUGUGUCCACAUACGAGGAGGCCCUGGCAUUCUUCCUGAAGGCUGAAGAGGUUGAUCCUGACUUCUACAGUAAAAACCUGCUGAUGCUCGGGAAGACCUACAUGGGUAUGAAAGACAAGCAGAAAGCUCUGUUCUGGUUAACCAAAGCUAAAGAGUACCCUGCUCACACACUGGAAGACAAAGAGGUCCAUAAAGAAGCCGUUGACCUCCUAAAGAAGCUCGGAUGAAGCUGUGUUUACCACUGAGUGGAACAUGAAGCCUUUCAGGACUUUUAGACUGUUAAUAAUUGCUAACAAAACGUUUUCUUUGUAUGAUUUUGUAAUUAAUUAAUGAUACAGUAGAACUGUAAGUGACCUUGCACACAGAAGACACUCUUGCCUUUUGAGGUAAUAAGGCUAUGUCUAAACAUCCAGCUUGUUGUUAAUUUAAAACCGAUAUAACUACAAGUACAGGAUGCCUGUACAUAAUCGAUUACUGUAUCUGUUCAAGCUAACAGCACGUUUUGUGUGUUAAGGGGAAAAAUUGCACUAAACUGUAGUUUUUAUGCCUCCGCAGCCAGAGCCCGAGGUUUUCCGGUUGUCCGUCCAUCCCAUUCUCAUGGACACGAUAUCUCAAUCACACCUGGACAGAACUUUAAAUUUGGCACAAACAUUCACUAGGACUCAAGGAUGAACUAAUUAGAUUUUGGUGGCCCAAGGUCACGGUCACGAUGACCUCACAAAACAUGAUUUUGGCCUUGUGAAUACAAUAGCUCAAACUCUGUGAGGGAGUCGCUUCAAAUGUGGCACAAACAUUCACUUGGACUCAAGGAUAAAUUGAUUAGAUUUUGGUUUGUCAAAGGUCAUGGUGACCUCACAAAACAUGAUUUUGGCCUUGUGAAUGCAAUAUCUCGAGAACUCCUCAAGGGAAUCCCUUCAAAUUUGGCACAGAAAAGAAAAAACUUUUGAGCCAUUACUCAAGACAUCACUUGGCAAUUAUGACAAAAUUGCACACAAAUGGUUAUAUAUUUUAUAUGAUUCUAGAUAAGGGGGAUGUAACCUGAAACUAAUCUGAGUGGCGGAGGCGUAUAGCCGCGAGGCGGUAAUUCUAGUUUUUCCAGAUAAAAAUAAUGUCAUAUUUGUUUGUUUGAUUAAUCCAUUCCUGACCAGUGAAAAGAGACUGGAGAGUUAAGUCUACCUGUAAACCAAAUGAAAGCUCCUGGUCACAAAUGAAUCUUCCGCUGAGCAAUGGUUUCUGUUGCCACUGACUGCAGUUAUGUCACUAAAUGACAGUGUAUCGCUCAAUAAGUGGUUUUGUGGGAUAGGUUUCCAACAUUCUCCAGGAAAUAAGGUGAUUUUAGUGGAAUCUGAUUCAGAGAUUCUCUUGCUGGCAUCACAGUCACACACACAAACUGAUUAGAUUAAAAUGACUUCAAAGCAGCUGUAAAGAUGGUCAGAUGCAUUUAUUAAAUAUGAUUCUUUCCAAAGGCAUUAAAACAAAAAUGAUAAACCCA